AUCACUCACGUACAUUUUUUUUUAUCCUAUCCUUUGUUCACAUUAAACGUAUCCCAUUAGUUAUUUUCUAUGUAAAUGUUGGUUUCAGGUGGCAGUCAUGUGUGUGUGUCGGGGUUCGUGUCUGGUUCAUCAGAAGAGGUUUGCGGAGGAGUUUUUCCAGAGAGUCAGGGCUGCACAGACGCACUCAUCAGUGAAAGACACCUGACGCUCAACUUCACAGACAGAGUGGAAUGCUGGGAAAUCCAGCACCCACAAAACAAGCUUGUGUGGAAGAGAGAGCAAGACAAUACCGGACAUGCUGUAGCGCUGCCGCUAGUGUCAGGCGGGUACAUCAUGCAAAAACCUCCUUUUUUCCAUCCUCUCUGCUCUAAACUCUGUGCCGUGAGCCUGGCGUUGGGCUCUGAACACGCUGUGCUGCUGGCGUCGGAUGGGACUGUGUACUCCUGGGGAUCUGGAAGUCAUGGUCAGCUGGGUCACGGCGCUCUGGCGUCACAGGAGGAACCUCAGGUAGUGGAGGCGCUGUGGGGCGUCCCGAUCAGAGCAGUGUCUGCUGGGAGCUGGCACUCCGCUUCCGUCAGCGCUGGUGGGGACCUGUAUAUGUGGGGAUGGAAUGAAAGCGGGCAGCUCGGUCUGCCAUCUAGAGGCCUGGAGGAGGAAAAGCUCAGAGGAGAAAGCAGUGGAAACACUGAGAAGCCCAUAAAUGAAGAUGAAAAGAAGGAAGCGGAUGUGUUUAUUUCUAUUCAAGCGUUGCCAGCUCUAGUGGACAUCCCUAAUGUGUCAGAGAUCAGCAGGAUCAGCUGUGGAUCCCGUCAUACAGCGGCCGUCACCAGUACAGGGGAUCUGUACACCUGGGGAUGGGGCCAUUAUGGACAGCUGGGACAUGGCACUGAAAAUAGCACAGAUGAGCCAACACUGGUGGAUUACUUCCCUAGCCAUCGAAUGUGUGUUAAGGAUGUCGUUUGUGGGUUAUGGAACACUUUUGUGUCCGCUGUGCCAAAAGAACAACCUCCAUCCUGACUGGAAUAGAUUCUUUC